AUGGUUGCUAGAAUUGAAAAGAACAAAGACCGUAUUGUUCAAGAAUCUUUAAAGAAAAAUGUUAAGAUUGGAAAAAAAGUAGUAAAAGCAAAAUUGGAUUUGGAUGCUCAAAUUUCCAUUAUUGCAAAAGAUUUAGUAAAAACAUUGGGAUUGAAGGUCCGGAAGUUAGACCAGAUAUGGUCUUUAGGCAGAAUAAAUCCAAAUAAAGAAAGGCUACAGACAAAUAUGUGCGUAGAUGUAUCCUUCGUUAUCUUUAACACUGAGGUUGAAGCAACAUGUUUUUUGGUCUUAAGCAAAUCAGUACGAGAGUUGUUGUUAUUAGGUCUAGGCUUUAUUUUUGCGUGUAUGAAUGUAGCAAUACGUAAGUUGCAAGAAGCAGAAACGGCAGGUAGGAGGUUGGACAAUUGUACUUCUGCUACUGUGGAAAAGUUGGGUGAAUUUUUGAUCCAUGGUACGAAUGCCUGUAAGGUGGGAAGUAUGACGUACAGUGGAAACACUGUAGUUAAGCCAUACAAAAAGUAUUCAUGCGAGGUGAAACUUUUAAAAGAGUCGGAUUCUAAGUUAGAAGCAAGGAAUUACAAUAAUUGCGGUUCUCAAGAAAGUGAAAACGAUGACUACUGA